AUGAAAAAAAGUCAGGCAGUAAAUGCUUCCAAUGCGAAUGAAAACUCAGAACAAAUCAUUAAAUACCCACUUGUCAAUAUCAUCAGUUUUAACGAGGCCCUGCGGGACAAACUGCUGGAAGUCCAAAACCAGCUACCCAUCUUCACGUGCAACCGAAAGGGCGCCAAAGAGUCGAGUCGUAUAUUUAAGGCUAGUUGCGAUUUCAAUAAGCAAAAACUUCUCGCCGACUACGAGCAGAUAUGCGGAAGUCACAAAAGAACAGUUCUGGAUUACUUCAAAGUAUACGUGGACAAUAAGGAAUUCUUUGAAGAAAUCCCUUCGGUUGACAGUAUUGAUGGAAGCAAGUUAAUCAUACAGAAUGAAAAGGGAGUGAGAUCCAAGCUUUGGGAAGACAACGAUUUUUAUUCUAAGCUGAAGAACUCGGACUACAUCAGGAGCUUUUACUUUUACGACAAUUCGUGGACCAGGCCAUACAUGUCCCUCCUGGUGCAUAAAGUUUUAGACGACAACCUCAAUUUGCUUCCCUAUUAUUACAACGAUGACAUGGAAUAUGAGAAUGACACCAAUGAGGAUUACUACGAGAAGUUUGAGACCAUUGACCUUACGACGGAGAAUGAGGAAAAUGAAACGGAAAGCGACGGAAGCUCUCAAGACAUGUUCAUCGUCCCAGAUAAUGAGCUCAACAGGGACAUCGACAUAACGCCGAUAACAAUACCAACCAGUCAGGACAUUCACUUCUUCUCAUUGUUUAAUUGGGAGUGGACAUUCGAAGGGAACCCCAAGCGGAAUUACAACAGUUAG